AUGAAAACCUUGAAAUUGAAGUCAAGGUCGAAUGUGCUCCUAACGGCUACCGGUCAACACAUCCCGAAAGUUAGUCCAAUGGAGGGAGAUACUGCCGAGGCGACGUCACAACAGGAUACUAGUGAGCGAAAGGAUGACGAUGAAGAGGAGGAGGAGGAAGAGGAAGAGGAUCGAAUCGUUGAGAAAUCCCAUAACAGUCGAUUCCAUAAACGGAAUAAGCGUUUUCCCAAACAAAUGGAAGGUGUAGACAAUGCGUUUAUUGCAAUAGAGCCAAAGUCUGGCAAAGAGGUUAUUUGGAAUGAAUGUAUUUUGUCAGAAAAGAAAACUGAUAAGGAGGUUUGUUUACGCAUGUGUUCUCACCCGUUCCUGGCACGGUUUCUUGACGCUUGGGUUGCAAGAUCUGAGGAUGGAUCAAGGAAGCUUGUUUUCAUUACUGAACGUUUAGACGAAUGUUCGCUGAAGCAGUUUUUGUGCAAUUCGACCUACCGUUUGCAGUUAUGGAAGCGACAUGUUGGACAAAUUCUAUCUGUCCUAAUGUUUUUACACCGCUUGGGCAUAACUCACGGCAAUCUAUCAAAGGAGUCCAUUUAUUACCAGAACUCUGGAAAUUUACGAGUUGGGCCAUGUAAAUCACAUAUUCUUAGUAAGAGUUCGAAAUUAAGUGACUCAUCUCCACAGAUCGCCAUCUGGACCCCCACUGAGUUUCCUCAAACCCUUCCACUCAAUGAAAGAUGCCAACAAAUGUUGGCAAAGUUAGAAGAUUGUGCGCAAAGAGAUUUUAUUGAAGUGUGCUUAGACCCUAGUCCAAACGCUCGGCACAAGAUGAAGCGUUUGGUACACCAUCCGGCAGUCACUGAGGUGCCGAUAUUAAAGCUUCUUUCGGCGAAAACAAUCGUUGAAGCGAGUGAGUUAUCGCUAAUUACAAGGACAUUUAAUUUUUUCAUGCCAUCUCAGAUCGACAUUGAUUAUUGA